AUUUAUUAGAAUUAAAGCAAUAUGUUGAGAAUGAUUUAAAAGGGAAAGGUAAAAUUGAAAUCAUUGUUGGAGAUGUUACAAAUGAACAGGUUGUUGAAGAAGCGAUCGGAAAAUCUAUUGAGUUAUGGGGAAAAUUAGAUGGUAUUGUUGCAAAUGCUGGAGUUCUUCCUAUGGGUACAGUGGCUAAUUGCAGUAUAGAUGAAUGGAAACGAAGUUUUGAUAUAAAUUUCUUUUCAGUAAUUGGUUUAAUUCAAAAAUCAAUAUCGCAAUUAAGGCAAAAUAAGGGAGUAUUUGUUACAGUAUCAUCCGGAUCAGCUAAUAAAUCAUAUCGUGGAUGGUGUCCAUAUGGCUCCGGUAAGGCAGCACUUAAUUUGCUGACAUCUACAGUUGCAGUUGAAGAACCUGAAAUCGCAGCAAUAGCACUACGUCCCGGAAUUGUCGAUACUGAUAUGCAAAAAGUUGUACGCGAAAAAGGCUUGGAAAUGGGAAUGAGUAAAUCAGAAUAUGACUAUUUUGUAAAUUUAUAUGAAUCAAAUAAUUUAGUUCCCGUUGAACGUCCAGCUUAUGUUUUUGCUUCUUUAGUUUCUUGUGCUGGUGAAAGAUUUGAUACUAUUAAACAUUUAAGUGGUAGAUACUUAAGUUGGGAUGAUCUUGAAAUGGAAGCUCAUAGGGAAAAGUAA